AUGACUCAACCAAGCAUCACACACUACAGGAACCAAAUCAGGGAUUGGUCUGAUGAUGUUGUGAAGUGGGUCGAUGAUAUUCCAAAGAAACAAUGGCUACAAGCACAUGAUGAAGGGAGACGUUGGGGAAACAUGACAACUAACAUUUCUGAGUGCUUCAACAAUGUACUAAAACGGGUGCGCAAUCUUUCAAUCACGCCAAUUGUCCAGGAAACCUAUUACAGAUCUACUGAACUCUUCGUAAAUAGAGGGAGUAAGGCCCAAGCAAUGAUGACAUCUGGUAAAGUUUACUCAGAUGUAGUCAUGGAUAAUCUUGCCAAACAACGAGCGAUAUCAAAUACUCAUCAAGUAUACAUUCACAAUCGGGGACAUAGUCUUUUCAGUGUCCAGGAGCUGGUUCGUCCACCAAGCGACCGACCAACAGGAACAUUCAUGGUACACCUUGACAAACAAUGGUGUGAUUGUGGUAAAUUUCAGGCAUUACAUUACCCUUGUUCAGAUGUCAUAGCUGCUUGUUCAAAAAUUCACCAUGACUUCAUGAUGUAUGUGUCUCCCCGUUACACAUUACAAUAUAUUUUCAACACUUACAAAGAGGAGUUCCAACCAAUUCCUCUUCAAUCCUACUGGCCGGAAUAUGACGGAAUUGAAUUGCACCAUAAUCCAGCCAUGUGGAGGGAUCCAAAAGGUUGUCCACAAUAUGCUCGAAUUCAUACUGAAAUGGAUCUAAGGGAGAGUAGUAGACACCCAAAGAGAUGUAGUAUUUGCCGGAACGAGGGACACAACAAGAAAAAAUGUCCCCAUAAUGCUAAUGUUUCUGAAAGAAAUUGA